GACUAUUGGUAAGAUUCAAAUUAAAUCACUAACUUGUCCUUGAGAUAUCAACCAGGCAGAGCACAUUGGAACUGAUAAUAACUUACAAUGGCCGAAGUGCCACAGGACUUGACCAAUUCACCAUAACUAGCCAAACCUACUUAUCUUGACUUUCAACACCAGAUUAAGUUGUCUUUGAAAAGUAUUUUUCCUUAUCUGCACAAUAUAUAUGGACCAGUCCUAGUAUCUGAUCAUCCACAGCAAGCUUACUCACUUAGGAAAGUUUGGGCAGUUAUGGCUUCUCCAAUAUCUUCACUCUUCUUGCAUUUCAUUUUCCUUUCCCUCUUUGCCUUGGCUACUACUGCUCUAGCCAAAGUCCCUGCAAACCAAACCUUCAGGUUCGUCAAUCAAGGUGAAUUCGGAGAUCGGAUAAUCGAGUACGACGCUAGCUACCGAGUAAUCCGAAACGAUGUUUACACUUUUCUUGCCAUCCCUUUUCGCCUUUGUUUCUACAACACCACUCCCGAUGCUUUCAUUUUCGCCAUCAGAGCUGGCUUUCCCAACGAUGAAAGCCUAAUGAGGUGGGUGUGGGACGCCAACCGCAACGAUCCGGUUCGUGAAAACGCCACUCUUACCUUCGGCGAGGACGGGAAUUUCGUUCUGGCGGAUGCCGACGGUCGUGUAGUUUGGCAGACCAACACGGCUAACAAAGGGGUCACGGGCAUUAAGUUACUAACAAAUGGUAACUUAGUACUGUUUGAUAAAAAUGGCAAAUUCGUAUGGCAGAGUUUCGAUUAUCCAACAGAUACUUUGUUGGUGGGUCAGUCUGUUAAAAUCAACGGUCGGAACAAGCUCGUUUGCCGAACAUCUGACAUGGACGGCUCUGAUGGACCCUAUAGUAUGAUACUAGACCGUAACGGGUUCAUCAUGUAUCUAAACAAUUCAGGUCAGCUUCUUAUUUACGGGGGUUGGCCUAUAAAAGACUUUGGAGACAUUGUGACAUUUGAUGCCGUGCCUGAAAAUGAUAACGCAACAGCUUACGAGUUAGUCCUAAGGACGACAACACUACAAGCUCAUCAGGGUGGUUCUCUGCCAGGCAACGGGCGGCGGCGACUCCUCCAGGUCCGUCCGAUAGGUGGUGGGGGUGAAAAAUUCCUCAAUAAACUGAACUACAAUGCCACAAGUUCGUUUCUAAGACUUGGAUCUGAUGGAAACUUGAGAGCCUACACAUACUAUGACCCAGUGAGCUAUUUAAAAUGGGAAGAGAGCUUUGCUUUCUUCUCGAGUUACUUUGUUAGAGAAUGUGCUUUGCCAUCAAAAUGUGGCUCAUUCGGGUUAUGUGACAAAAGGAUGUGCGUGGCUUGUCCAAGUCCAAGAGGUCUUUUGGGAUGGAGUGAAAGCUGUAAACCACCAAAGCUGGCCGCUUGUGGGAAAGGAGCUAAAGUUGAAUACUACAAAAUUGUAGGUGUGGAGCAUUUUUUGAACCCAUAUUUGGACGAUGGAGAAGGUCCAAUGAAGGUUGAGCAGUGCAGAGACAAGUGUAGUAGAGAUUGCAAAUGUUUGGGGUUCAUUUACAAGGAAGAUACAUUCAAGUGCUUGACUGCUCCUGUACUUGGGACUCUGAUAAAAAAUGUCAAUACUACUUCUGUAGGAUAUAUUAAGUACACAAGGUAGAAUUCGUUUUGUAAUUUUGUAUGAAGUGUCUUGAGAAAAAAUUAAGGUUGGGGUUUGAUUUAUAUUGUGUAAUAAAGCUCGAUGAAGCAUGAUUUUCAUGAGUACUUUCACUUGACUUUUAUAUAUGUACUUAAUUAAAUUUACAGUA